AUGGCCCCCGCAAAGAAGGGUGGUGAGAAGAAGAAAGGCCGUUCUGCCAUCAACGAAGUGGUGACCAGAGAGUACACCAUCAACAUUCACAAGCGCAUCCCUGGAGUGGGAUUUAAGAAGCGUGCUCCUCGAGCACUAAAGGAGAUCCGGAAAUUUGUUGCUCUCACGCUGGGCGUGGCCUUUCUCAAAACCCCGGAUACAAGGUUUCCCGACAUCCUUCGCGUGUGCCUGCGGGGAGACGCUUUCUGCUCAACCUUGGGGUCCAGGUGGAUGGAUGCUAAGGUUCCCACAGCUAAGGAGAAGGCCACCUCUUCUGAAGCUUCAAGGGCUCUUCAGAAUUCUCAGCAAGCAAUCAUCUCAUUUGCCAGUCCAUCAAGCAAAUUGGAUAAGGGCAUCCAAGCUCAAGACUACACCAUGCCAAGCACUUCACACAGCUCAUCAGAAAUGGAGGCCUUGCUCAUGGAUGCAUUACACAACAAGAUGGUUGAGGUGGUACUGUUCCUGUGUAUAAAAUAUCUAACAAAGGAACCCAUCACAAAGCAAGAAAUGAUAGAGAUGGUCAUCAAAGAGCAUGAAGAAUACUUUGUUGAGAUCUUCAGGAAAGCCUGUGGCCAUAUGGAAAAAAUCUUUGGCAUAGAUGUGAAGGAAGCAGACUCCAUUGACCACACCUAUGUCUUUGCCAAAACACUAGGCCUCACCUGUGAUGAGAUACUGAGCAAAGAUCAGAUCAUGCCUAAGAAUGGCCUCCUGAUAAUUAUCCUCAGUCUAAUAUUCACAAAGGGCAACCGCAUUGCUGAGGAGAAGUUGUGGAAAUUAUUGAAUAUGAUCGGCUUGUAUGCUGGGAGCAAAGAUUAUAUCUUUGGAGAACCCAGGAAGCUCAUCACUAAAGUUUGGGUACAGGAAAGGUACUUAAAGUACCAGCAGGUGCCUAAAAGUGAUCCUGCCUGCUAUGAAUUCCUGUGGGGUCCAAGAGCUUAUGCAGAAACCAGCAAGCUAGAAGUUCUGCAGCAUAUUGCCAAGGCCAAUGGCAUUGAAGCCAAUGCCUUUGGACCCUGGUAUGAAGCAGCUUUGAGAGAGGAGAAACAGAGCACCUGGGCCAAAAUUAUUGACAUUGAUGAUACCACUAUUGGACACUGA